AAGCCCGAGUGGCCGCCCUGUCCGUCAUCUGUCAGUUUUUCAGACCCAGCUGUUCUCAUUGCUGCGUUUCUUUACGUUUGUCUAUACGGCGAAGAGCCUGCUAGCAUCCGAGCCGCUGGGAGGAGAGAGCGCCUGUGGCUUCCCUCGGAGAGCGCCCCUCCUGCCGGGAAGCCAGUGGGAGAGGCCGAAGGCGGGCGAGGGCGGGAGGCGGCCCUAGCGCCAUUUUGUGGGCACGAAGCGGUAGCGCGGCUGUUGUCGGGUUCCUUCCCGUCUCUGCUUCCUCCUUGAGCUUCCUAGCAGCGGCCUAGCGUAGAUUUAAGCAAAGAUGUCUGAAUAUAUUCGGGUAACAGAAGAUGAGAACGAUGAACCCAUUGAAAUACCAUCAGAAGACGAUGGGACGGUGUUGCUUUCCACAGUUACAGCCCAGUUUCCAGGGGCAUGCGGCCUGCGCUACCGGAAUCCAGUGUCUCAGUGUAUGAGAGGAGUCCGACUGGUGGAAGGAAUUCUGCAUGCCCCAGAUGCUGGCUGGGGCAAUCUGGUAUAUGUUGUCAACUAUCCCAAAGAUAACAAAAGGAAAAUGGAUGAGACAGAUGCUUCCUCUGCAGUGAAAGUGAAAAGAGCAGUCCAGAAAACGUCUGACCUCAUAGUGUUGGGUCUCCCCUGGAAAACAACAGAGCAGGAUCUUAAAGACUACUUCAGUACUUUUGGAGAGGUUCUCAUGGUUCAGGUCAAGAAAGAUCUUAAAACUGGUCACUCGAAAGGGUUUGGCUUUGUUCGAUUUACAGAAUAUGAAACCCAAGUGAAAGUAAUGUCACAACGACAUAUGAUAGAUGGGCGAUGGUGUGACUGUAAACUUCCCAACUCUAAGCAAAGCCCAGACGAGCCUUUGAGAAGCAGAAAGGUGUUUGUUGGACGUUGUACAGAGGACAUGACUGCUGAAGAGCUUCAGCAGUUUUUCUGUCAGUAUGGAGAAGUGGUAGAUGUCUUCAUUCCCAAACCAUUCAGAGCUUUUGCCUUCGUCACCUUUGCAGAUGAUAAGGUUGCCCAGUCUCUUUGUGGAGAGGAUUUGAUCAUUAAAGGAAUCAGCGUGCAUAUAUCCAAUGCUGAACCUAAGCACAAUAGCAAUAGACAGUUAGAAAGGAGUGGAAGAUUUGGUGGUAAUCCAGGUGGCUUUGGGAAUCAGGUUCAUCUCAUUUCAAAUGUUUAUGGAAGAAGCACUUCAUUGAAAGUAGUGCUGUAAAUGUUCUGCCAUAGGAAUACUUCUGUCUACAUGCUUUCUCAUCCAAGAAUUCGUCAUCACGCUGCACAGGCUGCGUCUUUGACGGUGGGUGUUCCAUUUUUAUCCGCUACUCUUUAUUUCAUGGAGUCGUAUCAACGCUAUGAACGCAAGGCUGUGAUAUGGAACCAGAAGGCUGUUUGAACUUUUGAAACCUUGUGUGGGAUUGAUGGUGGUGCCGAGGCAUGAAAGGCUAGUAUGAGCGAGAAAAGGAGAGCGCGUGCAGAGACUUGGUGGUGGAAAAUGGAUAUUUUUUAACUUGGAGAGAUGUGUCACUCAAUCCUGUGGCUUUGGUGAGAGAGUGUGCAGAGAGCAAUGAUAGCAAAUAACGUACGAAUGUUUUACAUCAAAGGACAUCCAUAUCAGUUGGAAGACUUUGAGUUUUGUUCUUAGGAAACCCACUUUAGUUGAAUGUGUUAAGUGAAAUACUUGUACUUCCCUCCCCCUCUGUCAACUGCUGUGAAUGCUGUAUGGUGUGUGUUCUCCUCUGUUACUGAUCUGGAAGUGUGGAAACGUGAACUGAAGCUGAUGGGCUGCGAACAUGGACUGAGCUUGUGGUGUGCUUUGCAGGAGAACUUGGAAGCAGAGUUCACCAGUGAGCUCAGGUGUCGCAAAGAAGGGUGGAAGUUCUCAUGUCUGUUAGCUAUUCAUAAGAAUGCUGUUUGCUGCAGUUCUGUGUCCUGUGCUUGGAUGCUUUUUUAUAAGAGUUGUCAUUGUUGGAAAUUCUUAAAUAAAACUGAUUUAAAUAAUAUGUGUCUUUGUUUUGCAGCCCUGAAUGCAAAGAAUUCAUAGCAGUUAAUUCCCCUUUUUGACCCUUUUGAGAUGGAACUUUCAUAAAGUUUCUUGGCAGUAGUUUAUUUUGCUUCAAAUAAACUUAUUUGAAAAGUUGUCUCAAGUCAAAUGGAUUCAUCACCUGUCAUGCAUUGACACCUGAUACCCAGACUUAAUUGCUAUUUGUUCUUGCAUUGUCCAAAGUGAAAGUUUUUCUUGGGUUUGUUUUUAAUUUAGUUUUUCUUAAGUCUGGGUGACCGCACCUAAAAUGGUAAGCAGUUACCCUCUGGCUUGUUCUGAGUGCCUCUGUCCAUUUGAUUUUCUCUUUACAUGGCUGUAUAAAUCUCCACUGGGGAAUCAUCAUGCCUUCUAAAAAUAUUUGGGAGAGGGGGCAAAACAGUUGAUUUCUAAUGCUUUGUAGCAGAGCAUAUCAAUGGGAAAGAAGGUUAAGCACCUUUCAGUUUGGGAUUUGAAAAGUGGAAUUAAUUGCAAUAGGGAUGAAGUAGAAGAAACCAAGAAACCAUGUGCCUGAAAUCCAUUAAGAAGCCUGAUUAAUAGCUUUAAGAACUAGUAGGGUGGGUUGUCUUAUCUGUGGCAGUCUUAAGUGAGGUAGGCUUUUGCCCUCCUGAAUGUGGGGGUUAUAUAGUGAUGAACAUGCUCAAAACCAGAUUAGACUGUCAAUGCAUUGUUAAUGUAAAAGCAAUAAUACAUUGAUUAUUGUACUUUUCCUGUAACUACUGAGAACGGAGGCGCUCCUUUUCUAACUGGAAGAAUGGGACAGUUUUUGUGUUGGUAGUUUUCCUAUGCCCUUACCUAAAUAGAUUAUGAUAAAUAGGUUUGUCAUUUUGCAAGUUGCGUGUUUUAAAAAUUUUAUAUCCUUUAGAGACUUGUUAUGAACACAUUGUUUCAUUAUACAGUAUCCUCUGUAAAAGGAUCGUGAGUUAUUGUAAGUUUUUUUCUCUGCAUCUAAACCUGCAUGAUUUCCAAACCCUGUACAUCUGAAUUUUGCAUUUUAGCACUUGCACUGUUACUCAGCAGCAGUAACAUGGUAACAUUAAAAUGGUUUUCGGGGACCUCCAAAGACGUCCAGGAGUCCUGGGGUAAGUUACUUGUCAAUGGCAUGGUUUUGAUCCCUUUUUUGCACUUGUUAAAGACUUACUGGUCAUAGAAGUCUUUGAGUGUUGAGUAGCCUUUUAACAUGUUUAUGGAUGACAUAGCUGUAGUUAGUUACUUGCCGUAAAUGAGGUUUUUAGAAAUAAACUACUUGGCAAAGAUUUGGUUCUGAAAGUCUGGUCAUCAAAACGUGUUCAUUCCUUAGAAAUAAUGAAGAACAACUUUGAACCACAGUUGAAUAAAAGGUUUUAUUGCCACCAACAGUUUAGUGUGUCUGGAGUCUUACUGGAAAAAAACCACAAUUCUAUCUCAUGACAAUGUUAGAAAGUUAAGGUGGCUUAUGUGGGAAGAUGCAGUAUAGCAUUUUCAUCCGUUAAAAUUUGAGUCUCCAGGUGGGUGUGGUGGCCCAUGCUUUUAAUCCCAGAAUUAAAGGCAGGUGUGAAUGAGUUGUAGACCGGCCAUUUCCCCAUCUUGAGGCACCCUGUCUUGCCUUGUUGGAAGAGCCAGUUAAAAUCAAACAUGACCUUUAAGGUUGUCAGCAUCUUAGCAGAAGAGCAGUUUAUUUCAGGAUGAAUUACUGUUUUUGUUACAUAAGCAAAUGGCUGUACCUUGUACAGUUAUGGUUGACUUCCCAUAGGCUCACCUAAGAAAAGUGGGCUGGGUAUAGUGAAACACUUUGAAGGGUUUUUGAAAUGGUUUGCUAAAUUGCCCUUGUAAAGGGUAAAAUGCUGUUUCGUGUUCUUUUUAUCUGACAAUUUGGUGAAUCUGGUAGAACAUGCCUAUAUCCCAAUAUUCUGGAGUGGACUUGGUGGUGGUAUUUUAAUAGCUGAUCUAAUGUGAAGGUCACACACCUGCUUUCCGCUUACCUUCCAAAAGAGAAGUUUCGCGGGUAUUCUGGAACCACUCAGAAAUUACUCAGAAAAUAAGAGCACUUUCUGAGCUCAUUAAGACCAAAUCUGCACACUUGACACAAGCCCUUUGUUGGCCAGAAAUGGAAACAGCCAGUAUAAAAUAAGUAGAUUGUAGGGAAUCAAAUACAACUUGUUUUUUUCUAUGUUGGGGGUUGGCCAAGCACUGUUAAACACAAAUCAAAGCUGAUAUUAUUGGCAAGUGUUUGUGGACUUGUAACGAUCUCACCUGCUCUGAUUUUGGGGUAGGCUGUCAUUCUUAGGUUUGUUACUAAGCUUCCCAGGUACUUUCGAUAUGAGGAACAAUUUACUGAUUGGAGGAUGCAAAUUAGAAAUUACUUAUUAUGUUCUCAAUCCAGGGAAUAUAGUUGAUGACUUUUGUGUAGACCCCAUACUGGUCUGCCGCCCCACAAUUAAUGGAACCCCAGGAAACUAUUCCUCCCACAAACCAUCGCUGUGUUUCAUUAUCUAGAAACACUAAUGCUCCUCCACUGUCUCCUCUGCAGCUGUCCUUGCCACCAGUUUCUAAGCCAGCACAGAGCAUGUUAGCAGUUACUCUUACUCCUGGAUAGAGCUUUUCAUACACGGCGGUACAUUUUUGGUGGUCAGCAAUUGGUAUGUCCACAAACAUUAGGUUUCUAGCAAAAAGCCCCUUCUGGGUUAACCCCCAGCCAGCCACAGUUCCAGUGAAGUCUGUUCUCAUUAAGGAUGCAGCAGCUUUUCUUGGUAGGCAAACAGGCAUGAUGUUUCCGUUGAUUGUGACUUUGUUCUUGAGUUUAAUCAAUGCUAUAUCAUUGUCAAAAUCAGCACCUUGAGUGUAGCCUUCAUGUAUAAAGAUUGCCUCCGGCCAGGCUUGAGUGUAAUGAGGUGAGAGCCUUUUGAGGAUGCCCAUUCGGAUGUUCAGGGAGGAUGCUGCCACCUCAUACACAGCAUGCGCGGCUGUUAGGACCCAAUUGUCAUGUAUGAGUGCACCUGCUGCUGCUGUAGUUGGACCCAGCAACAAGACUUGCCAAGGAAAGUCACCAGGCUUUGCAGGCUGCCCUCCAACUAUGCGUCCUCCUACAGUGUGUGUGGACAGCCCACAAACUGAGGGAUAAAGAACAAGUAUUUAGUGUCAGCCAAAACGUAUACCCUACAAAUUGAUAGGCAUCCUCGCUGUUGAGUGGAGUGAGGCUAUUUUCAAUAGUACAUAAACACCUAAUAAGUUUUUGUUUAGCCUGCUUACCUCCUUGUAAAGAUCAGUAAGAGAUUUCACAGAUUGUUGUGCUAAAAGAACAGGAUGAGGGAGUCUGGACAGGACUUGUGUGUGGGAGGACAUGACACUACUUAGAGGCCAAAGACAACCCCCUCAUCAAGCCCUGAGCUGCUUGUUUUUCUUUUUGGGCUCAUUAGGAAUUCUGGGAAAGCAGGAACUAUGAUUUACAAAGUUACUGUUGCCUUUAAAUGUAAGACUCUAUAAUGUUGCAGCAAUAGCCAAAGUGCUUCUGGUUCAAAAAUUGGUAAUUUUGGUCUGGUGGAGUCCUCCAAACACUUUUACCCUUCGUUGCAAACUAAGGGCUCAGGAAUGCAACACAUGUUCUUUAUUGUGGUUGUGCACUUUGAUUAAAACUUAGAAGCGGCAUGUCAGCCAAAUACAGGGCUAGGAAACUAAUUUAAACCAGCUAACACGGGGGUAAUGAGUGUAUUAUUACCUUUCAAUUAAAAAAAAAGCACUCUCAACUGUUGUUGGAGCCAAUUCUGGUAAAGAAAUUUAAGUACUAUUAAAAGGCAAAUUGCAUUAAUGUUUAAAAAUCUUGAUGUCGUUGAAAACAAUUGCUUAGGGAAAUAAUGAAGUUAUUAGCUUUGGGGUUUAAUAGCAUUUUUACAGAGAAGAAAAGUAACAAGAGUUCGUGGUUAUAAAUGUAUAAACGGUUUGAGAUAAUUUAAGAAAUCAUUUAAUUUUUUAUGCUUGCCUAGUUAUAAGGUCAAAAACAAUCCAGUGUAUGAUGCACCUAGCUUCCAUGUGGAAGGGGAAAUGUGAGCACACUGUUGGGAAACACUAAGCCAAGUGCUGAGCUUCCUCUCUGCCUCCCCAGCCAGACCCUGCCUAUUGUCUGCCAGUUACUCUGUCAGCUAUGAAUCUCUUUUAUAAAUGCGUCCAUUACCAGGCUCACAAACCGGGGGGAGUUUUUCUCCUUUGGAGCUCGUCCAGAAUCCAUCAGCCUCACACACAUAUUUACCUGCAAAUCAUUGGAAAAGCAAAAAUGUUUAGCUGUAGUUGUCAUUUGCUUGAAUAACCCCUUGAAAAAUGUUGAUUCUUGAGCAUCUGUGGUGGGGAGAGGUGUGUGAAUAACCAUUUUACAUGAUUUCAUAAAUAGGUGUCUGCAUUACCAUGUUUGCUUGCAAAGUGGAAACCUUUUAGAUGUGUAACUUGAAUAUGUAUCAAGAUCUCAAGUGCUUAAUGAUAAGGUUUUGACUUGUUAAAUUAAACCAUUUGGAAUAUA